AGGGGCGGGCCAUUGGGCUGGUCCCAGGACUGGCGGACCCGGCGAGCAGCUAUUGAGGCCCUCGGGCGCUCGGAGGCUGCAGGCCGCGCGGCCAGGCUGAGCCCCAGCCGUCGCGCCGCCGCCCGGGCGCUCCCUUCCAUCAUGCUGUGGCGGGGCAGCCAGGCGCUCCGGCGCUUCUCCACCGGCCGGGCCUAUUUCAAAAACAAGCUGAAGCUGGCACUUAUUGGUCAGAGCCUUUUCGGACAGGAAGUGUACAGUCACCUCCGCAAAGAGGGCCACCGAGUUGUGGGCGUGUUCACGGUUCCAGACAAGGAUGGCAAAACUGACCCUCUGGCUUUAGCUGCAGAGAAAGAUGGGACCCCCGUGUUCAAGUUCCCCAGAUGGAGAGUCAAGGGCAAGACCAUAAAGGAGGUGGCAGAGGCCUACAAAUCUGUGGGUGCUGAGCUAAACGUGCUUCCCUUCUGCACACAGUUUAUCCCCAUGGAUGUAAUUGACAGCCCAAAGUACGGCUCCAUCAUAUAUCACCCCUCCAUCCUUCCCAGGCAUAGAGGAGCCUCUGCUAUCAACUGGACUCUAAUUAUGGGAGAUAAGAAAGCUGGGUUUUCUGUUUUCUGGGCUGAUGAUGGUUUAGACACAGGACCCAUCCUUCUUCAGAAGUCAUGUGAUGUUGAACCCAAUGAUACAGUGGAUUCACUUUAUAAUCGGUUUCUCUUUCCUGAAGGAAUCAAAGCCAUGGUGGAAGCUGUUCAACUCAUAGCCGAUGGAAAAGCUCCUCGCAUUCCCCAACCAGAAGAAGGAGCAACAUAUGAAGGCAUCCAGAAAAAGGAAAAUGCUGAGAUUUCUUGGGAUCAGUCUGCCGAAGUUUUGCAUAACUGGAUCCGAGGUCAUGAUAAAGUCCCUGGAGCUUGGACAGAGAUAAAUGGACAGAUGGUCACGUUUUAUGGCUCGUCAUUGCUGAAAAGCUCCGUGCCUUCUGGAGAACCACUGGAAAUCAAAGGUGCCAUGAAGCCUGGUCUUGUUACCAAAAAUGGACUUGUUCUUUUUGGUAAUGAUGGAAAAGCACUGAUGGUGAGGAAUUUGCAGUUUGAAGAUGGAAGAAUGAUUCCAGCCUCUCAGUACUUUUCAGCGGGUGAGACCUCAGUGCUAGAACUUACAGCCGAAGAGGUGAAGGUGGCAGGGACCAUCAAGGUCAUCUGGGCUGGAAUUUUAAGCAACGUCCCUGUUAUUGAAGACUCGACAGACUUCUUUAAAUCUGGAGCAAGCUCAAUGGAUGUUGUCAGGCUGGUUGAAGAGAUCAGACAGAAGUGCGGUGGGCUUCAACUACAGAAUGAAGAUGUGUAUCUGGCCACCAAGUUUGAAGACUUCAUUCAGAAAGUUGUGAGGAAACUGAGAGGAGAAGAAUCGGAAGAGGAGCUGGUGGUGGAUUAUGUUUCAAAGGAGGUCAAUGAAAUGACAGUGAAAAUGCCAUAUCAGUGUUUCAUAAAUGGACAGUUCACAGAUGCUGAUGAUGGAAAGACCUAUGAUACUAUCAACCCAACAGACGGAUCCAUAAUAUGCAAAGUAUCCUAUGCUUCUUUGGUGGAUGUUGAUAAAGCAGUAGCAGCAGCAAAAGAUGCCUUUGAAAACGGUGAAUGGGGAAGAAUGAAUGCAAGAGAAAGAGGAAGGUUGAUGUACAGACUUGCAGACCUACUGGAAGAGAACCAGGAGGAGCUGGCAACCAUUGAAGCCCUUGAUUCAGGGGCUGUCUACACCCUGGCUCUGAAGACUCACAUCGGAAUGUCUGUGCAAACAUUCAGAUAUUUUGCUGGCUGGUGUGACAAAAUUCAGGGUUCUACUAUUCCAAUCAACCAGGCCCGUCCAAAUCGCAAUCUGACCUUCACCAAGAAGGAGCCGCUUGGGGUCUGUGCCAUUAUCAUCCCCUGGAAUUACCCACUGAUGAUGCUGGCGUGGAAAAGCGCCGCGUGUCUGGCGGCGGGUAACACCCUAGUGCUCAAGCCAGCGCAGGUCACGCCCUUGACUGCUUUGAAGUUUGCUGAGCUCUCCGUGAAAGCAGGCUUUCCCAAGGGGGUAAUCAACAUCAUCCCAGGCUCAGGUGGCAUAGCUGGGCAACGCCUUUCUGAACAUCCUGAUAUCCGUAAACUUGGUUUCACUGGGUCCACUGCUAUUGGCAAACAGAUCAUGAAGAGCUGUGCUGUGAGCAACCUGAAGAAAGUUUCCCUUGAACUUGGUGGCAAAUCCCCACUUAUAAUAUUCAAUGACUGUGAACUUGACAAGGCCGUGAGAAUGGGCAUGGGAGCAGUAUUUUUCAACAAAGGAGAGAACUGUAUUGCAGCCGGGCGCUUGUUUGUGGAAGAAGCCAUCCACGAUGAAUUUGUGACAAGAGUGGUGGAAGAAAUUAAAAAGAUGAAAAUUGGUGAUCCACUUGACAGAUCUACCGAUCACGGGCCCCAAAAUCAUAAGGCCCAUCUGGAAAAGCUUCUGCAAUACUGUGAAGCUGGAGUGAAAGAGGGGGCCACCUUGGUGUACGGGGGAAGACAAGUUCAAAGGCCAGGCUUUUUUAUGGAACCAACUGUGUUCACAGAUGUGGAAGACCACAUGUAUCUUGCCAAAGAGGAAUCAUUUGGGCCCAUAAUGGUCAUUUCUAAGUUCCAAAAUGGGGACAUCGAUGGAGUGUUGCAGCGAGCAAAUAACACAGAGUACGGUUUGGCCUCAGGGGUUUUUACAAGAGACAUAAAUAAAGCCAUGUACGUGAGCGAGAAACUAGAAGCGGGAACUGUUUUUGUUAACACCUACAACAAGACGGACGUGGCCGCCCCUUUCGGUGGGGUUAAACAAUCUGGCUUUGGGAAAGACUUAGGUGAGGAAGCUCUAAACGAAUACCUCAAAACCAAGACUGUGACGCUGGAAUACUAGAGAGAGCUGUCGUCGGGAACCCCCUGCAGACAGCCUCACUCCUCAACUCUCUCGACACACUUGAGGAGCCUGGAUGUGCUGGAGGAGGAGCCGCGAGUUGAAAACCCACGCGUGGACCACCAAGGGGGUCAGACCACACGUCUAAGCAUUUACACCCGUGCCUGAGUGUUUUCUACUGCACCUUUUAUACUUUCAAAUGAUUUGCAGUUGUUGGGUUUUGACUAUGUUGUAUCUCACAUGUAUUUAUAGACCGCCAAGCUGCUUUUUCUCCCCAACUAAUCUAGCCGUUGUUCAUCUUGAAAAAAGCCAGUAUCAGCCGGUUGUACUACACGAGGUGCAUUUUGGGGGAAACUUUGCAUAAUAAUGUGCAGAUUUUAACCUCCAAACUAUACCUAUGGGGCUGUUAAAAAGGUUUUCUAUAAUUUUGCUCUCAUGGAACAGUAUAUCCUAUAAGGAAUGUGAAAUGAAUUUUUUUUUCAUAUUUGGAAAUAAGAUACAUCUUUGUGCCUUUUGAUGUUCUAAUUUUCAACCCACUGUGAUGGGUAAUGAACCCACAAACAGUUCUUCUAGGAAUGGGGUACUAUGUAAUGUUCUGAGCAGUAGACAGAAUUUAAUGACAUUAUCUCUGGCUCCAAAUAGCUUAAAUUCUAAUAAAUAGCUUUUAAAAAGUGAAUUUUACAGCAUGACAUAGACUAUAGUAGCCUUUGGAGGCUGAUCUUGGUCCAUAUAAUACCAUCCUGCCAUGUGACUUGAGGAAACCUACACAACUUCUCUGAGCCUCAGUUUCCUUAUCUGUCAAACGGGGAUAGAUAGUAAUGCUAGUAAUGCCUUCCUCAGGAGCCUUAUUUUGAGGAGUCCACGCAAUAAUAUAAGUACCUUGCACUGUGCUUUGUUCAUCGUUCUCAAGAGAAGUUAACUUUGUCCCCCCAUCACUAUUUUAAAAAUAUAUUGAGAUAAACUAACCAGAUGAAUUAAUUUUCCUACCACCCCUUUCAGGAGUCACUGAUUCCUGUACGCCACUGUUCUGACCCAGUGCUUGAUGUAGCAGCACCGGAAAAACGCCCUAUAAUGAAAACUGGCAAUGGUCCGAGGAAAAGGACUGUCUUUCUUUCUGCAGCUCAUUCGUUCUUCCUAGGACAUCUCGUUUUCCGUUUCUCUACCUACCGGAUCUUCUGUGUGAUCGCUGACUGUGUGAUCUCGGGCAAGUUCGUAACCUAAUAUCUCAGAGCCUUGGUGUCUAUAAAAUGGGGAUAAGGUCUCUAUCUCAUUAGGUGCUGGAAGGAGCCAAUAGAAUGAUAAGAUGCAGAACGCACCCGACAAGGUGUUUGGACCAUAGUCGGUGCCUGAGAAAUGGGAAUUAUUAUAAUCCAUGUAGGACUCACUAGAUUGACCGUUGUCAGACAAAAAUAUUCGGUAAGCAAAUUAUCACCAUCCACAUGUGACUGGAAGGUGAGUUCCUGAAUCACAGUGUCGCUGGAAGAUGGUUGGAGAAAUUAACUUCUAUUACUCCUCCUUUUAUAAAAUUUCAGUGAACAUUCCUGUCUCUGGAUUCGAAGGAGCCCUUAGUUAAUACUUGGUACUUUGGAGUCAGCAGCUUAACAUAAAGGGAAUGCAGGGAACCAAUCAACAAACCAAAUCCAAGACAGAAAACAUCCAAAGGGAAGAAUACCAGGAGUGAUCCUGCCAUGAUCAAUAGAGCAUAUUUUGCCUAUAAGCGUGUUUUAUUAUACAAUAGCUCAUUUACCAUCAGAGCUUGGCACAGGUGAAAUUCUAAAUCAGUAGGAAUAUUCUGAGUCUAAACUGACAGCUCAUGUUUGAAUAAAAUGACAAAAGCCUUAUUAGAAAGGAACCACUUUUUAAAAAAGUAUUAUUUAAAUUCAAGUUAGUUAACAUACAGUGUAGUCUUGGUUUCAGGAGUAGAACCCGGUGAUUCAUCUCUUACAUAUGACACCCAGUGCUCAUCCCAAAAGUGCCCUCCUUAAUGCCCAUCACCCAUUUAGCCCCCCCCCCCACCCACGUCCCCUCCAGGAGCCCUCAGAUUCUUCUCUGUAUUUAAGAGUCUCUCAUGGUUUGCCUCCCUCUCUGUUUUUAUCUUAUUUUUCCUUCCCUUAUGUUCAUCUGUUGUGUUUUUUAAAUUUCACAUAUGAGUGAAAUCAUAUAUUUGUCUUUCUCUGACUGACUUAUUUCACUUAACAUAAUACCCUAUUAGAAAGGAACCACUUAAAAAAUUUUUUUAAGGUUUAUUUUUAGAGAGAGAGAGAGAGAGUCGGGGAGGGGCAGAAAGAGACAGGGAGAUAUAGAUACAGAAUCUGAAGCAGGCUCCAGGCUCUGAGCUGUCAGCCCAGAGCCCACCGUGGGACUCAAACCCACGAACUGUCAGAUCAUGACCUGAGCCGAAGUCAGACACUUAACCGGCUGAGCCACGCAGGUGCCCACAGAGGAACUACCUUUAAAUGCAGUGUUUUAACUGACUUCACGUGAACUAAAAUAUCACUUUAUCAAAUAUUUUAAUAACAGAAAAAAUGGCAAACAAAAUCCUGGACUUUUGGACUGUUUCUUCUGGACUGAUGUUUCUCCCUAUUAAUCUCAGUAGCAGUGUUUUUAAUCUUCUUUGGGCCACACACCUCUUUGAGAAUCUGAUAAAAGCUGUGGACCCCCUCUGUCCUACUUCUACCGCCCAAAUUCCCAGGCACACCCCUGCAAAUAUCUUCAAGGGAUGCGCAGAUCUCCUCCAGCCCCUGCUUGGAGAGAUGCACAAAGCCUUCUGCCACAGCGAGUGCUAAAGUUCCUACCGGCUUAUUUUGAUAUCUGACUGCUGAUCAGAAUCAAAGCCUGCAUGGAAUUCCAGUGAAUUCGAACUGGAACAGAAUGACCCACAGCCUACCAGGCGAUUUAAUUAACACAGGGAAUAAUUAGAUUAUCACUCUUCUGGACCCCUGGCUGGCUCUGUAGGUAGAGGGUGUGGCUCUUGAUCUCAGGGUCUUGUGAGCUCGAGCCCUAUGUUGGGCAUAGAGAUUACUUAAAAAAAAAACUUAAAAAAAUUUUUUAACGUUGAUUUAUUUUUGACAGAGAGAGAGAGAGAGACAGAGCAUGAGCGGGGGAGGGGCAGAGAGGGAGACACAGAAUCCGAAGCAGGCUCCAGGCUCCGAGCUGUCAGCACAGAGCCUGACGCAGGACUCAAAGUCACAGACUGCGAGAUCAUGACCUGAGCCGAAGUCGGACGCUCAACCGACUGAGCCACCCAGGCGCCCCCCAAAAAACCUUUUUAAGAAGAUUAUCACUAUUCUUUCAGAUCAUGAUUUGGCUAAACUGAAGGAUAAAGCUGUGAUCUGUCACCUGCGUGGGGAGGUGUGGACACUCUAGGCCCUUCUAAUCCUCUUCCACACGCCUUUGCUAAAGCAGUCCACUUUGCUCACGCACCCUCUGCGCCUUCCUACCCCCAGCUCGGUUUAAGGGUCUCUCCGCUGUGCUCUCCCUUGUGAGGAACACAGUGCUUACCCUUGGUGCUGAAACCAUCUGCCACCCUAGCUAGGUAUGAGCACCCCUUCCCCACCCUCAGGAUUGGCCUUUACUUUCGGCCACGGAAACUGCAGCUGUCAUUAUGGAGGGCCUCCCGUGGGCCACACGCGGCGCUAAGCACUUUGUAAAUGCUAUCUGAUUUAAUCUUCACGUCUGAGAAAAAUGAGUCCGUCGAGGUUCUCUUCUUAUUGGCUCCACGGCUACCGAGCCGUCCUCUUCGCGGAUGCUGGUGACUUCUCAGGUCCCGCAGCUGGUCUUCCUCAUGCCUCCUUGUCUAAAGGAGCCUCCUCUGCUCAAAGUCUAAAUCAGAUGCUGUCACUCCUCUGCCCAAACCUUGCGAUUCGAAUAGAAUCAAGUCCAGUGAACUCACUGGGGCCUGCAAAGUCCUAUCGAUCUUGCUCCUUGCCACCUCUGACUUCAUCUCCUAUGAAUUUUCCUCCUGUUCUGUCUAGUCACCCCAGCUGCCUUGACGUUCGUUCCUGAAGCGAAUCAAACUCUUGCCCCAGGGCCCUUGCACUUACCGUUCCUCUUCCCGGUGGUGUGCUGGCACAUAUUUACCCAAUGGUCCUCCGGGGAAAUUCUUGAAGCAUUGGCUAACUUCUGUGUAUAAAUGCUCUCAUCAAAGCUGAUUUCAAGCUACAGAGAUGCGUGCAAUCAGAGCAAGCGGAAGCCAGUGCCGGCCCACGACUGCCUUUUCCUGCAAGUCUCUUUGCCGACGUACAACCUCCUGGCUGACUGCCUCACCUCAUGUCUCACCUCCAAUCCCAUCUCACUAGAGAUGGAUCUUCUAGCACAUGUGUCCGUCCUCACACUCAUACCUCAUCUGCCCUGUCACUAUUCUUCUUAUCCUGCCUUCUUUUCAUAGCACUUAUCACAGCCUGGCAUGCAUUUAUUUAUCAUCAAUCUCUCCCCCUUAGAAUGUGAGCUUCACAAACAGGUGCUUCUUUUGUUCCAUGCUGCAUCUGCAAUGCCGAAUACAUAGAAGGAAGGAGCUCAGCAAAUAUUUGCCUUCAAGUGAAAGAGGUUAAGUAACCUGCCCAAAUCACACAGCUAUUCACUGGUAGAACAGGUACUCGAAGCAAUGAAGUUCCUGGUCUUAACCAAGCCGGAUGGCUCUUCAUGCCAAAGCCGGAAUCAGGGCCUGCCUAGGGAACGGCAGCAAACGCCAAACAUUGGUUGCCGUCCGCAAGAGCUGUUGUGGAAGUGGCUAGAAACAGGCUGCAAAACCAGACUGGAUCCCUUAUGCCUGCCCUCCAGGGAAGUGAAAGCUGUCGAGGGCGACCUGGACUAAAGGAGACCAUUAGGAGACUAAAUGAGACGUGGUGGAUGGGGGUGAUUAUCAUCACUGUUAAUGCAAAUGAUACCCAAGUGGAUUUUUAAAAUGAUUAAAUAAUACCUAUGUAAAAUUACAUCAAACAGGAAGGGAAGAUUCAACCAUAAACUUCCCACACAGAAAUAACCACGGAUAAUUGAGACUGUGUCAGACUUUUUCCAUGAAAAUAUAUUUUACAGAAUUAGUAUAAUACGGCACAUAACUUUGUUACCUGCUUUUUUUUUUUUUUUCAUCUUUCUGUGUCAAUAAACAUGCUUCUUCACA